AAUAAUUUCUUUCUUUUCUAGAUGUUGACAAAAUAGCCAUCCAUCCAUUGAUAUAUGACCUGCACGUGUUGAGGAAAACUGUUGUUACACAGACGUAUGGACAAUGUAUCAUGGAAGAAGACGGUUGAGUAGGCUUUGCAACGUGAUAGCCACGUUACUGUUCUGUUUAAUCUUCUUAUUGGUUUUAAAACGUAUGUGCAUCAUAGCAUUUUCAUAUUACCCAAAUCCACCAUCUGAACCUAAAAAUAGAAAUCAAAGAGACCAUGUGGUCACUUACGGAGCCAGUUACUUGAAACCAGCUUCUCUAAAAACUAUAGUCGUUUGGACGCGUUAUUUCGGAGAAUGGGGUUGGGAGAUUAUAGCAGAAAAUUCAAUGAAAAGCUGCCCGUCUAAAUGUAUGUACACACGAGAUAAAAACAUAGUAGGGAAUGCGGACGCGGUGUUAUUUAAUGCCAAUGAUAUGUGGAAAUAUCGAACUUUAAUUGGCACGCUUUAUGAAUUCCCUAUAACAAUGCCUAAUGUGAGAACACCGAACCAAGUCUGGAUUUUACUGAGUAUUGAACCAAUGAAUACAAUGCGAGUUUCUAUGAACAAGUAUGGAUUUAACUGGACGACAUUAUACAGGAGGGAGUCCACCGUAUACUACCCAUUUACAAACUGGUUUAAAAUGUCUCCAGAUGAAAUAAAUAUGAGUGAAACGCAUUCCCAAGGAGUGUCUGAAAAUCAUUUCAAAACUAAAACAAAGUUCGCUGCAACCAUGAUAAGUAAUUGUGACGAUGAUGCAAGAAGGUAUAAAAUAAUCAGGGAAUUGAAAAGAUACGUUGACAUCGAUGAAUUUGGGGAUUGUUCCGGAAAUGUGAUAUGUCAAUACCGGAAAUCCCCGAACGAAUGUAAGCAACUCUACGUAUAUAAAUUCUAUUUAGCUUUUGAAAAUAGUUUCUGUAGGGACUACGUUUCUGAGAAAUUUUGGUUGACAUUUAAUAGAGGGCAGAUCCCAAUUAUUGCCGCACCGAAAUACAAUUUAGAGAUGUUGCCUCCAAAGUCUUACCUAAAUGUGUUUGAUUACAAUAGUAUUCAGGAACUAGCAGACGAGAUGGUCAAGGUCGGAGAGAAUGAAACGCUUUAUAACAGUUAUUUUGAUUGGAUGAACAUUUAUAAGCGUGAGAAGAAAUCCAUAUAUUGCAGAUUAUGUGAGGAACUUUAUGCCAACAGAACAGCACAAAAUUAUGUUGACAUGGAUGAAUGGAUCAAUGAUGAUAUUUGUGAAAAGCAAACGUUAUGGUCAUCGCUGUCGGCAUUAAUCGAGAGGUGGUUGUUUGACAUCGGAUUGGUAUAAACAGUUAUGUGCCACAUAACAGAUCAUAUGUGUGCAUACUGCAGUCGUCAUCAGUCCUGGUAGAAUGAUGGCAUGAACUUCGAACGUCAGAUUCCAUUUAAAAUGCUAACAAGAAAAGCAUUGAUGCAAAGCAUCAAAGGGCGUCCAAUCAAGAAAUUCAGCAAGUGAAUAUGAACUUGUAGACAUCUGAUGACCAGAUAUUCUAAUAAACUUUUCAAUGGUUAAUUGGUUUUCACCGAAUUGUAUAAUAUUUAUGAAUGGGCGGACGAAAGACAUUGUUCAUCAUGAACUUUGAUAGGCAUGCUAGAGAUUAGAAAAGUAAAUGCUUUCCCACAGGAACUUGAAAUUCUAUUAAUAUUAACGACAAUAGCCAACGUUUACAGGUUUGUAAUAUCCAAAAUAUGUCCCCCUAUAUGGUAUAAUAUCAUUUAUACAAUAUAGGGAGUAUUUUUGGAUUUUAUCAUUAAUAUUGAUUAUUUGAUAGAAAUUCAGGUUCAUAUGGUAUUUCCUUUGGAACAUACAAAAUAGUAGUCAAAAUGAAAGUAUGUUAAUUAAUUUAUAGGGAGGUCAAUUUACUACUUAUGAAUUACUUCAAACAGCGUCUGAUCAAUCAGUGUGUUUACAUUCCUAUCAAUAAACCCAUAACAACUCAUGUUAACUUGCAGACGAAAGUUUCUGUUAAAAUGUCACAAUGUUCGUUAAAAUGUCACAAUAUUCGGCAAAUCAACAUUUCACUCAAACUACCAUAAAAUCGAUUGCCUUCAAACAAAACAUAGAACUGCAAAAAAUGAUAUAACAAUUUGUAAAAAGGCUUACUAAAACUUUUUCUACAGAUUUAUUAAGAGUGCAAUUAAUUGUUUUAAUAUGUUUGCAUUUCAUUUAUUGCAAAAUUCUAGAGUUUGUUUUUUAUUACAAUAGCGCGACACGAAUGACCGUGUCUUUAAACUGAUGAUAUUAUAUGCAAGAUGCGUUAUUGUUGUGCCAUGUAAUGCCUUGUCAUUUUAUGAUAUUAAAAUUAUUAUUAUACAUUAACAGUUAAACAAAUGAAACUAAUUUACAUAUCAAUUUAUAAUAUUUUGUAGAUAACAAAGACAUGUACAUAUUGAUUGAACGAUUUUGUGUUCUUGAAUUUUCAAAAUAAUUUUUUUAACUUGUUGUAAAUGCCUUAUUCAAAUUAUUAUUAUUAUUAUUUAUUAUUAUUUAUUAUUUAUGUAUUUAUUAUUAU